CACCAUCAACAACCUUCAACCCCCAAACCAAACCCCAAAAUGACCACCACCACCACCAAAACCCUCUUCCUCACCGGCGGCAGCGGCUACAUCGGCAGCGCCCUAAUCCCCCUCGCCCUCUCACGCAACUACACCAUCCGCGCCCUCUCGCGCACCCCUCAAUCGGACAGCAAACUCCUCUCCCUCGGCGUCACCCCAAUCCGAGGUGACCUAACCAGCCUAUCGACGCUCCGAACCGAAAGCGCCUCCGCCACCGCCGUAAUCCACCUCGCGACGGCCUUCGUCUUCGGGCAAACCCCCAGCUACGCCUCCAUCAAAGACAUCGACACCGCCGCUCUCGACGCCAUCGUCUCCGGCCUCUCCACCACCCCGAACCCAGACGGCACCCCUAAACCCCUGGUCACAACCAGCGGCACGCUCCUCGUGCGCCCUAACGCCGACGGAUCCGAAACCGACGAGUACUCACCACUCGACACGCACCCUCUCGUCUCGCGGAACGAGAUCACCGCGCAUGGACUAGCCCUUGGCGAGAAGUCGAAUGGAAGGGUAAGAGUGAUGGACAUCCGUCUCGCGCCGUUCGUGUACGGGCGUGGCGGUAGCGGUAUCAGACUAUUCAUGCAGAUGGCGAAGCAUGCGGGAAAGAUCAUUACUGUGGGUGGGGGAGUGAAUCGUACGACGACGGUGCAUGUGGAUGAUGCGGCGGAGUUGUUUUUGCUUGCUGUUGAGAAGGGCGUGCAGGGGGGUGUGUAUAAUGCUGGUGAUAAGACGGGGGUUACGGUUGGGGAGAUUCUGGGGGCGGUGGCGGAGAUCAUGCAUGUUCCGGUGGAGGAUCUGGGCGUGGAGGAGGCGAAGGAGAAAUUGGGGGAUGUGGUUGCUGGGUUUUUGGCUGCUGAGAAUAGGGCUUCCGGGGGCAGGGCGAGGAGUGAGUUGGGGUGGAUGUGUAGGGGGGAGGGGGUGCUGGAGGAUAUAAAGGGGGAGAGGGGGUCGUAUAGGGGCGUUGUGGGGGAGUUGUAG